ACCGAACUGUCAAUCAAGGGGUGCGGCAGCGCUUUGAUGUUAGCCAGACUCGCACUUCGCACACUGCAUGUACACAAGUGAAUGGCGAAAUUCAGUGGAGCGGGUGCUUGUUUCGAAUGGGUCUAACGCGAAAAAGUGGGGUCAACACGGGGAGAUUUUUACUGCUAUUUCUUGUUGGAUUUUUACUAGGGAACGAUGCCACAACAGCAUAGUCGUGGUGGAGAGGAUGAUGGACCACCAGAUGAAACCAAGACUUAUCAUACUGAAGGAGAACAUGAGGAAAAGGCGAGCGAAAACGUGGUCGGACCUCGGGACUCGUUCGAUGAUCAUGAGUUGAACGACGUAAAGUCUAGCUUGAUCGAUGAGGGAGAGUCGGUGUCGCAUAAAGGCUCAACUUCGCAGAGAAAUAAACGGUUGAGCUCAAGCUAUGGCGACCAUUCAAAAGAAGACCGCCACAAGAAGCUUCACUCGGUCAGCGACGGGUCCAAGCUUGACCACGCUGCUCGUUUUUAUCCAUACUCAAGCCUGUAUAUAACCAGUGCUGGCUACCCAAAUGGAUCUAUGGUCGGAGGGCCAGGGGUGAGUUACAAUUGAAUUCAUAAUCCUCGACCUUGUUUUCCUCCGAAUCGAAACGGCCCGUAAAUCACUGCUCUACUGUGUAGCAGUAGUGUAUAACGUGUACACGUAAACCCACGGAGCAUGGCUUUGUAAAUGCACCUCUUGGCUUUACAGUGGAUAAUGCCUUCCUGUAAUAUGGGUCUGCUAUGGGGUGCAAUGAUGGUAACCUUGCUUAUAGAGGCAUUCACAUGGGUUUGUGUACACAGGGUCAAAUAGAAACCACAACCUCGUUUCAACUGAUGUGGUCUGUAGUCAAAAUAUAAUGUCUUUUUUGUUUUCUCUUGCUGGUUCAUGUCCUUUCUUGGGAAGUUUUUUUUUUAUUUAAAAAUAGACCCAAGAUUUUUUUUUCUUUCCCACUGGAUACUUUAUUUUUAAAAAAUAAAUAUAAAAUUCAUAUUAAAGAUUGUGAUGUAUUGUCUUAAGCAUACAGUGUUUACUACUAUCUUAAAAAAAAUGCUCUGUGAAAGUACUUGUUUCAGUAUUUGUUUUUUAUUUAAUUGAAUCUAGUUUAUAACCUGGGAUUUGAUGGGAAAGAUAUCACAAAAAUAGAAAUU